AUGUUCGAGUAUCACGAUGCUCCUAUAGGAGGACAUCGUGGCCGGGAGAAAACAUAUCUCACGGUGAAUCGAGACUUUUACUGGCCCCGCCAGUAUCAGUUUGUGCGCAAGUAUGUUCGCGCAUGCGAAGUCUGUCAACGAGUGAAGUCAAGUCCUUCACUGCGUGCACCUUUACAGCCUCUACCGAUUCCGGCUGAGUGCUGGGAAUCCAUCUCAAUGGAUUUCGUCUUCGGGUUACCCAAAGACGCACGCGGGAAUACGGGUAUUCUCGUAUUUGUUGACAGAUUCAGCAAAAUGGUACACCUUGUGGCUGUACCAGAGUCAAUCACGGCAAGUGGCUGUGCUUGUGUCUUUAUUGACACCAUCUUCCGACUUCAUGGGUUGCACCGUGAACUCGUAUCAGACAGAGAUCCACGAUUCACUGCUGAUUCCUGGCGUUCCGUGUUCAAAACACUCGGAACGCGCUUGAAGAUGUCUACAUCUGAUCAUCCAGAGUCAGAUGGUCAGACGGAACGUGCCAAUCGUGUCCUUGAAGAGAUACUUCGAGGAUACGUACACUCCUUCAAGAGUUGGAGUGAGUUCUUGCCAAUGGUAGAGUUUGCCAUUAACAACUCGGUGCAUGCGUCCACGACACAUACACCGUUUUACGUGAAUGGCUUGCGCCAUCCGCGUGUACCCACCUUACUAGAGUGUAGCUCUGGUUUAAGGGGGGGAGACUCGCACGAGCAAAAACCGAUUUGGUUCACGCUCAUCACGCUCUGA